UGGGGCUAGCCGAGAGCCCCGGCCCCAGCCCCAGCCCCCGCCCCCGCCCCGGCCCCGGCCACUGGGGUAGUCGCGCCAGUGAGCGAGAUCUCUUCAGGCUGGAGAGUAUUCUGGGUCUCCCUUGUAAAGAUCUCAGGAGUGUAUGCUGAGCCAAGAAGGGUGGGGCAGGAGACCCUGCGGUGCUGGCUGCAACCCCUUGAGGAGCCAUGACAGAAUACAAGCUUGUGGUGGUGGGCGCUGGGGGUGUGGGGAAAAGCGCCCUGACCAUCCAACUGAUCCAGAACCACUUUGUGGACGAGUACGACCCCACCAUAGAGGACUCAUACCGGAAGCAGGUGGUUAUUGACGGGGAAACAUGUCUGUUGGAUAUCCUGGACACGGCAGGCCAGGAGGAGUACAGUGCCAUGCGGGACCAGUACAUGCGCACUGGAGAGGGUUUUCUCUGUGUGUUCGCCAUUAACAAUACCAAGUCCUUUGAGGAUAUCCAUCAGUACAGGGAGCAGAUCAAGCGGGUUAAGGAUUCAGAUGAUGUGCCCAUGGUAUUGGUGGGGAAUAAGUGUGACCUGGCUGCACGCACCGUGGAGUCUCGACAGGCCCAGGACCUUGCCCGAAGCUACAGCCUCCCCUACAUUGAGACUUCGGCCAAGACCCGGCAGGGCAGCCGCUCUGGCUCUGGCUCCAGCUCCGGGACCCUCUGGGACCCCCCCGGGACCCAUGUGACCCAGCGGCCCCUCGCGCUGGCGUGGAGGAUGCCUUCUACACGCUGGUGCGUGAGAUUCGGCAGCACAAGCUGCGGAAGCUGAAUCCGCCAGACGAUAGUGGCCCAGGCUGCAUGAGCUGCAAGUGUGUGCUGUCCUGACAGCAGGCGAGGCGGGCGCCUGGCAGCUGGGCGGCCACUGCGCCCACUCUCAUGACCCCAGGGCCUCCUGGCUCUGCUGGGCCCCUGGCCUGCAAUCAGCAGACAUCCUUUGUGCCCCACCCCAGCCCUGGCUGAGGACGUGAGGGUGCCGGAUGCAGGGAGGAAGCGCAGAUGGAAGGAAGGAAAAGGGAAGGAAGGAAGGAUGUGUUGCCGGAGCUUGGCCAACCAGGGAUGGUGGACAGAGGUGACCCAGACCCUCCCAGGGACGCUUUGCAGAGACUGCCAUAAACAGCCCAAAUGUCACUGGAAUCCCAGCCCUUUGUACCCCCAGCCCUCUGCAGGCCCCUGUGGGCCCAGGUGGAAUUGCAGUAAAUUAUUGGAUGGUA